AUGUUAAUUGUUUUAUUUAUUGCUUAUUCAUUUGGGAAUCUAACUCCUUUAUCUGAAUGUAAAACAGCUGAUAUUACUUAUUAUGAAGGAUAUGGUGCAGACUCUGUUGCAUGUCAUUUAGGUACUGAUAAUUUAGACACAAUGUUUAGAGCUGCACCAAACGAAGCGUUUUACCUUUCUAGUCAACAAUGUGGAAUUUGCUAUGAAGCAGUUGGAGAAAAAGGAUCAAUAAGAUUUAUGGUAACAGAUUUAUGUCCUGCUAAUGGUAAUUCAGAUUGGUGUGCAUCAGAUAAAACACAUUUUGACUUAGCUGCUAAUGCAUUUCCAAAAAUUUGUGAGAAAGAUACAGGACAUUGUGACAUUACAUACAGAAUGGUUGCUUGUGAUAUAACAGGAAAUGUAAAAUUAUUAACAAAAGAAGGUGUGAGCGAAUAUUGGUUAGGAUUUUAUGUAAGAAAUUAUAUCAUUGGAUUAAAAGGAGUAAAAAUAUCAUUUGGUUCAACUAGUCAAGAAUUAACAAGAACAUCUGACAAUUAUUGGGCAUAUCAAGCAAAUGGUAAUCCAAUAACAACUCCAAUUACAGUUACUUUGACUUCUAUUGCAGGUGAUACUGCUACAAUUAUAAUGAAUGAUAUUAUAUCAAAUAAAAUUUAUGAAGGAAAUAAUCAAUUUAAUAUCCCUGAUAAUACCUUUUUUGAACCAACAACACUUGCUAAAACAAAUAAACCUUCCUCUUCUUUAGAGUGUUGUCCAUUACCAUCUUUUGAUAUUAUCUUCACAGAUUCAUUCCAUUCUUUUUGGACAUAUACUAACAAAAAUUCUGUAACAAUUGUUCAAAAUAAUGCUCAUUCAGGAAAUGCUGCUCUUAAAGCCUCAUUAUCUGCUUGGGGAAAUUUCCAAAUAUUAGCUAAUUCUCAUACCGUUUUAGUUGACAUUUAUGAUUCUGUUGAAUUCUACAUUAAGUCUAGUACUAAUGCAGAGUUUUGGUUCUGGGCUUCUGGAAAGACUGAUGCCUCUGCUAAAACUAUUUCUACUACAACUGAAUGGCAAAAAGUUAGUUUCAAAAUGACUGAAAUUGGUAAUGAUGGAACUACUUUUGGAGGAAUUGAAUUCCAAAGUAAAAGUAAUGGCAACAUUGACUUUUAUCUUGAUGACAUUAAAUUGGUUUUAAAAGAAGGUAGUUGUAAUCAAAUGUGUUCUGACCAUACUCCUUCUAAUUGUCCUACAAUUAUUCCAGACAAUAACGAUAAUAAUCAUAACGGAAGUGAUGUGUUAGCAAUAGUUAUUCUUAGCAUUAUUAUCACUUUCAUUAUUUAA